UGGAAGCUGACUGUCCUAACAACUGGAAAAGUUUUAAUAGAAAUUGUUAUCUAUUUUUAAACCAACUUUCAAUGAACUGGCAAAGUUCUCGGGACUACUGCAUACACGCAGGUGCUAAGUUGGUGGAAAUUGAUUCUUCUGUUGAAGAUAUUUUUAUUUUACAAAAUGCAAAGGAUUUACAUCUAAGUGGUCACUGUUUUUGGUUGGGUGGUUCUGAUGCCAAGCCCUCAGGAGUAUGGAUGUGGUCAACUUCACGUAAAAUGUUGAUGUACACCAACUGGGCGCCAGGCGAGCCUAACGACUAUCACACCCAUCAGGAGCACUGCCUUAAUCUCCACUACUACACUCACUAUAACUCAUACCUCUGGAAUGACGAGCAGUGCCCAGAACAUUGCUACCCUAUAUGUGAACAACCAAACCCAUGGAUAAGAUUCACUGAUAAACCUUAUGUUCCUGUUGCCACUACCACCACUUCUACAACCAAGACCACCACCGCAGUUCCAACCACCACCACAACGACUCAUCUUCCAUCAACCAGCAAGCACUUACAAAUGGUGACACUACCCCAGAAUCCACAAAACUCUCAGCUUGCAAACUGUCAAAGCGGAUGGAUCAGAUUUAGCUCCAGCUGCUAUAUUUUUGCUACCGAUAUCUCGUACGAUUGGGUUGAAUCAGGGCACUUCUGCACACUGUUUGGUGCAUCUUUAGCAUCCAUAGAAACUGAUAUUGAAAAUAAUUUUAUAAGACAGGAGUUGCUUAGCAUCGCAAAAUCUGCUGACUUUUGGGUUGGUGGAACAGACAUUAUGUCAGAAGGUGACUGGAAAUGGGCGACGUCACAAAAGCCAGUGACGUAUUCGGAUUGGUAUCCCGGAAGGCCUUCUGAUUCUCAUCACAAUGUGAACUGUCUUGAACUGUCCCAUAAUUACAGAUAUCAAUGGAAUGAUCAAGAUUGCCGAGUACAAAAUCAUUUUAUUUGUGAAAUGCUCCUAGUGAAACCAAGCUGGGGGAAAGAUGUGCUCUCUAUUGAGCAAUUUGGUCUGACAGAACACCAACUUACAGCUUGA